CUUGGAAGACAUCGAUAUCUCAGAGUGGAGACGGCGAAACACUUGCAUCUCACAGGCAUCGACAACACACAGGAAGGGGCAACAGGAUUUGGUUUCGACAAGAUGAUGCUGAGCCCGAUGUCGCUGCAUGCGUCGCUCGAGGCCCUCACGGCGCUCUCGCCUUCGUCUGCAUCUCCGAUGACGAUGCGGGCGGACCUCGCGGCGCUCGUGCUCACCGACGACGGCUCGCUGUACGCCUCGUCGUCGUCGUCCGCCUCGACCUCGGCCACACCGGCACAGACACUGAAGCAGCAGCCGGGGGCGUCGGGCCCGCUCAGUGGGUUGGAGCAGCAGUACGUGCGCAAGCCUGGCCUGCGCGGGCUCCUCGGCUUCGGCAAGCCCGGUCUGCGCGCACCACUUGCCCCGUCGCCCGUGCCUGCGCCUGCCUCUGCGCCUGCAUCUGCGUCUGCGUCGACAAAGGCGGGAGACGAGGGGCCGCGCGCCAUGGACCUGGAUCUGCGGCCGGACGAGCGCGUGCGUGUCCUCUGUGCGCUCGCGCGGCAGGCGUGGCUCGAGGAGGUCGCGCGCGUGCACCGGCUCCGCGCCGAGAACGAAAACGGCGACGAUGGCGCUGGCGACGAGGACGAGGACGAAGAAGAAGAAGAAGAGCGCGUCGACCUCGACGUGGCGGUGCCGGGCACGAUGCUCCCGAAUGGCGUUGCGCCCCUCAUGGUCGAGAGCGAGCUGGGGCCCCUCGUGGUGGUGCCGCUGCACGGGCAAGCAAACGACCGGCCGCCGCUGCUGCUCGUGCUGGCAAAGGACGUGGCUGCGCUGGGCGUCGCCGAGCGCGAGGCCGGCUUCUCGGCCCUGUCGCAGGAGCAGUGGAGCAGCCUGCACGAGGCCGGCGCCGCUUACCGCACCUUUGUGGGCCCGCACCUGAAGCGCGCCUUUGGCACGCCCUCGUCGCUCGCCGACGCCGACGACGCAGGCGCAGGCACAGAUGCAGAGAGGACCGACGUCGAAGAGAGCGGCGACGAGCAGGCAGUGUGAAUAGCAAUGAUACCUUCACAAAGUGUGUGCAAUCCAUCCAUUCAUUUAGAG